AUGGUGACAGUGCUCACGAACAUCGCCUACUCUCUCGGACUGGUCGCCCUGGCGGUUGUCGCCUACCUGGUCAGGGACUGGCGGCAACUAGCGUUGGCCACCUCGGUCCCCUUCCUCACUUUCUUCUUGUACUGGUGGGUGCUUCCAGAAUCCCCCAGGUGGCUGUUGGCCCGAGGAAGAUUCGACGAAGCCGAGAAAGUACUCAACACGAUGGCAAGGGUCAACGGGAGGUGCCUCAACCCCAACUUCAUCUUGGACAUGAAGAGAAAAUACCAAGUGGAGAGGUUUUCGAAGGAGAAAUGCAGCGAAGAAAGGAGCUAUGGAGUCAUGGACCUCUUCAGGACACCCAAUCUCAGGAGGAAGACUAUUAUAAUCACCUUUAUAUGGUUCACUAACACCAGCGUGUACGUAGGCCUGUCCUACUACGCGGCCCUCCUCGGAGGGGACGAGUUCCUCAACUUCUUGCUGGCGGGCGCCGUCGAGCUGCCUACCUACCUCGUCCUCUGGCCCAGCGUGGAGAAGCUAGGUCGGCGGUGGACGCUCUGCAUCAGCAUGCUGAUUGGCGGGGUGGCCUGUCUUGCCACGCUACUCUCUCAACAUGGCAAGUUUUAA